AUGUUAAUUAAUAACGUGUUCAGAAGUGUUUUACUGCUGCCUUUAGUUAACGUCAUCAGAAGUUCAAUAACUAGUAGUAAACUCUCUAACACCUGUAACAUGCAUUAUUUAACACAAGAAGAAGCAGCUGCGCUUGAUCAAGACCUGUUCAAUGAAUACAAGUUUAGUGUUGACCAGCUUAUGGAAUUGGCGGGUUUAAGUGUAGCUGCAGCUGUUGCAAAAACUUUUCCAAUAUCAACACACAAUACAGCCCUGGUUGUGUGUGGGCCAGGCAAUAAUGGAGGUGAUGGUCUUGUAGCAGCUCGUCAUAUGACAUUAUUUGGCUAUAAUGUUUCAGUGUAUUAUCCUAAACGAACACCAAAACCUUUGUAUGAGAAUUUGCUUCAUCAGUGCAAACAAUUUGGGGUUAAUAUUUUGGACUGUUUACCUCCACCAAAUGAAUUGCAAAAAGAUUAUAAAGUGCUAGUUGAUGCACUCUUUGGUUUUAGUUUUAAACCUCCAGUAAGAGAAUCUCUGAAACCUGCUUUAGAUGCAUUAAUUGAUGGAGGAUUACCAGUUUGCAGUGUUGAUAUUCCAAGUGGUUGGGAUGUUGAAAAAGGACCUGGCCCUGAUAAAGCUUUAAAGCCUGCUCUUGUAAUAUCUCUAUCAGCACCUAAACUGUGUACACAGCCAGAAUUCCUUGGAACAGCGAAACAUUACUUAGGUGGCCGGUUUUUACCACCGGGAAUUAUAACUAAGUACAAUUUAACUCUGCCAUCAUAUCCAAACCAAGACCAAAUUGUAGAAAUAUGUUAA